AUGUCUGGACUAGCAGAGUUGGAAGUCGAAAGAGGGCUAUACCAGGAGCAGCCCUCACCCCAGCUCGACCUUGUUCUUGCGCAGCUGCGCGAUGACCCCGACAAUGCCGAGCUCAAAAAUCUCGAGCAGGAGUUGAAAAAUUUCGUCGAUCUUCUCAAUGAGAACAUUGCAGAACUGAAGCCGAAGCAGGCCCCGAAGCCGACGUCGAAGCAGCCCUCGCCGCCGCCUGAACCCGAGAAAUGGUCACGCGAGAACCACCCCGCCUUCAAGAAAGCUGCGCCUCCACCGCCAGAGGAGAAGGACGACACACCCGUCGCCUAUCAAGUGAACGACACAGUCAUGGCGAAAUGGAUGUCCGGCGAUAAGGGCUUGUACCCAGCCAAGAUCACUUCCAUUACUGGAUCCGCCGCCGCGCCCGUCUACGUUGUCAAGUUCAAGAGUUAUGAUAACACAGAAACACUGCGCUCCCGCGAUAUUCGCCCAAUUUCCAACAAGAGAAAGGCCGAGGCGCCGCCUCCGCCUCCACUUGCUUCGACACCCGGCCUUGUAUCCUCGGCCGGCGCGACCACGUACCCGACUGCAGGCAAGGAUGCCGCUGCAGAGGCCAAACCGCCGAAACCGAAGAAGAUCAAGGCCAAGAAGGAACUUGAAGCCGGAAAGAACAAGUGGCAAGAGUUCAAUUCAAAGUCCAAGUUUGGAAAGACGCAGAAGAAGGAUAGCAUGUUCCGGACGCCCGAGGGCAUCCGUGGCAGAGUUGGUUUCACUGGAUCCGGUCAAGCAAUGCGCAAAGACCCAAGCCGCAAUCGCCACGUCUAUCAAGUGAACGAGGAUUUAGACUAA